UGGCUCUUCAACAGUUGGCAUGUGGGAUCAUUGUGAUGAUUGUUUUCCUCUCCAAAGGAAUCAACACACAACAUGCCUGUGCCAGGUCUCCAAUCAACAGUAGGAUCCUAGGAGGGCAAGAUGCCUCUCCAGGAGCUUGGCCAUGGCAUGUCACUCUUACCCACAAUGGCUGGGUCUUUUGUCAAGGCUCGCUGAUCACAGAUCAGUGGGUUCUGACAGCUGCCCGUUGCUCAAGAAGUUCUUACCUCAGUGGUGCAGUUUUGCACUUGGGUGCAAACAACCAGUCAAGAUAUGGGGAAGAAACUAGGAGAGUUCACUCAAUCGUCUGCCAUCAAGAUUAUGAAGCUUACUAUAGUGUCGGUGACAACGACAUCUGUCUUUUAAAGAUGUCAGCUCCUGUCAACUUUACGGACUACAUCCAACCGGUCUGCUUGGCUUCAGAAGAAAGCACUUUCUAUGAUGGAACUGCCAGCUGGGUCACUGGUUUUGGCUCAAAUGGACACUAUUAUUAUCCUGAUACUUUCCAGGUAGUUGAUGUAUCAGUUUUUGGGAACAAUAAAUGCAGCUGCUUCUACAGAAACUCCUACUACUACUACUACUACGGCAACCUCCAUUCAAUAACAGAGAACAUGAUGUGUGCUGGAAGUGAGAAUGGAUCAAAGACUGCAUAUUAUGAUGACAACGGGGCAGCUCUAGUGACCAAAAAAGACUCCACCUGGGUCCAAAGUGGGAUUGUGAGU